AUGACGGAGGAGGAAGGCCAAGAUGACGGUGACACCCUGAAGCUCUACCAGCAGAGCCUGGGGGACCUGCUGCUCCUCCUGGCCGCGGAGCCUGCGGGGAGGCGGCGGGAGCUGCUCCACGCGGAGAUCCAGACCCUGAUGGCCCGAGCUGAGUACCUGAAAGAUCAGAUGAAGAUGCGGGAGGCGCAGUCCAUGGGCAAGGAGGCGCUGGCGGAGCCCGUCCGGAGCACCUGUACUCUGCAGUGAUGCCCGGGAGCCGGCCGGCGGGAUGCUGCUCGUCGCCCUGGCACUGAGAGAUGACGCAAAGAGCUGCCGUCGGCGGGGU